AGCCUCUGUUGUGGCCUCCCCAGGGUACAGGAGCUGGGGAAGGAGCCUGUUCAUUUACUUAUUGGAAAUGUAACUAAAAGAACCUGCCUGGGACUGACUGAGCCUUUCCUGGAGGAAGCAGCAGACCAAACCAGCCUGUCAGCUGAGAGCAGCGCCCAGGCCUUGCUCCGUUGUGGGACAGCUCUUCUUGGCCGUCAUCCCCAGUGCAGUGAGCAGUUUUAGGCAUAGUCAUUUCGGACCUCCAUAGUAUUUCUUGGUAAGAAGAUGUUGCAAGAUAGCCCGAUAUAUAUCCCUACAGAUUCAAGCCAUAGUGCUGUGGACUCUCACUUGUCCCAGGAAAUCAGCACCACUGUCUCUGAACAUCUGGAUGAGACAAACAAUGAGAGCACAGCAAGAGAUAGUGAAGGAGAAGAAAAGAAAAUGAGGGAAAAGGCACUGCCUAUUGACUGUGCUCCAGCACCAUAUGAGAAAUUAGAACAAGCACAGAAGAUGGCAGAAAAGUUCAUUAAAGAAAAAGAGGUAUAUAAAGCCAACAGGGAACUUAUUAGAUGUGUGGCUUUUACUAGAAUUAUCUAUGGAGACGGUCACUGGCAACUGGCACAAGCAUUUGCCAACCUGGCUCACAGCUAUUUAAUACUUCAAGGUCUUCCUGCACAGGCCAUAGAGCAUGCUGAAUCAGCCAAACGUAUCAUGCUGACAGGGAUUCGUACGCCUCCAGAGGACAAAAGAGAAAUAUUAGGAACUCUUGUGACUAUCUACUAUACCUUGGGCGUAGCACAUCUGGCACAAAACAAUGGCAAAGAAUCCUAUCUCAGUCUGCGGAAGGCAGAGAGACUCAUGGAAGAACUUCAAGAACUGGAUGGGAGAGUGAUCAUGGGAUUAAAAAUAUCUGAGAAAGAUUUAGUCAUUGCAUUGGGCAGGACGUGUUUGCAGCAAAACAAGUUUGACUUUGCCGCGGGUUAUUUUGAAAAAGCUGUUGAUGUAGUAAUUUUAACUGAGGGCGAUACGGCUCCAGAACUGAUAAAUCUUUAUCAGAAAAUUGCCCAGAGUGAACAACUGAAGAAAAACCAUGGAAGAGCCAUAGCGUAUUUAUUACAGGCUCAUUCCAUUUGCGUGGCUCUGUACAAGCAACUUAGUGUUGAAGCUGCUCAGACGGGCUUGUUGCUGGGCAAAGCUUAUGCUGCAACUGGAGACCAGCAGCAUGUUGGGGCGGCUGAAAUGUAUUUUACAGAGAGUCUGGUUGCAUAUCAGGCAGCACUGGGUGCAAAGGAUUCCCUGACACUUUCUGCCAUUGAGGAAUUCAGUAAAUGGCUUGUACAUGUAGGGAAAAACCAGCAAGCCUACAGGCUGUUGAAAGAUUCGUUGAAGUCCAUCAUAGACACCUAUGGUGAUUUUAGUGAGAAGGCAGCUGAAACUUACCAUAUCAUGGGCAGUAUCUGCCUGGCAGAGGGAAAGAUGAGAGAGGCUUACCAGCUGUUCAAUAAGUGUUUGCAGAUUCAAACAGCUGUUUAUGGACCUCGCAACAGGAAACCGAAAGAGAUGCAAGAGCUCCUGAACGCAUUAGAGAGGUCUCCAACUGUCCAUGAAGAGAACAGACUUGUGAAGUAGAAAAGACAGAUGGUGCUAAAUCAUACUGUUGGCAAAAAUCUUGGAUCCUUAGCAAUUGUGACAGCAGAUGAAACCAGAAACUAAGCUGGAAGAUUAAUUGGAGAACUCAAGUACGUUGUAGUUGUUAUAAUCAAUUCAACAGAAAGUUCUGUAAAUGUUUGCUUUAAUUUAGGAAAAAGCAUCAACCUUCUAGGUAAACUUCCCCCUCCUACUCUCCUUUCAUUUUCUUUCUUACUGUAUUUUGAAGGUCUGGGUCUAACGGUAGCACAUCAGAUGUUUUACUGAGUAUUAAAAAAAUGGGCAUAAGUUACAAAAGUUGUGAAUGCAGGACUCCCUUUGGAAAAGAUAUUUGAAUACACGGUGACACACAUUUAAAAAUAUUUCUUUUGAAGACAUUCUAAUCGUACUUUGAUGAAUGGGUCCUGCUUUUGAGCAGGGGGUUGGACUAGAUGACCUCCUGAGGUCCCUUCCAACCCUGAUAUUCUAUGGUUCUAUGAAUGAACGCAGAAUAUACCCAAUGGAGAAACACAGAUUGGAUUAUUUUUCCCCCGGGCUAUUGGUACACUGGCCUUUUUAUAAUCUAACACACACAAAAAAGUAAAUUUAGUGUGUUAAAUUUAGUCUACUUUUAGCACUUCAGCUAAGAAGGCUGAAUGCCUCCUUUUAAUGUGAAAUUCCUCUUUAAUGCUUUGCCUUCACUACAAAAUCUUCAUCUUAGAACACAGAUAUGAAGAGUUGAGUUUGCUAGUACAGUGCUGACCACAACUAUGCAUUCAAUGUUAGACAGUGUUAUAAUCAUGAUUUAGAAGCCUAAGCCACUUUGAAAAUGGGUCUUAAGCACUUUUGAAAAUGUGAUCCAAAGAUAAGUCACAUUUUAUCAUUGUGGAACUUAAUCAUUAAACCUAGGAUUCAACUUGAGGCAUGGGUGCAUGUCUGAGCCAAGAAGGAUUGGGGCCAACAUGCACUACAUUCCAGUGAUCUUAUUAGCAUAAUAGCCACUAGCCAGUUGUUACAAAGACCAUAACCCCCCUCCCUCCCCCAGAGGAUUUCCCCAUGUUUGUGGACUCCUCCAGUAUUAAUUUAGAAGAGCUGAGGUCUGUGCUCCGUAAUGGCACAGAGACCUUAGCAUAGGCCAGGCCCCCAAGAUGCAAAGAGAACACUACAUAAUGCAAACAGUUCUGAAUGUUAAUAGAACUGUUUAAUUACAAAUGAUUGUUUACUCAUUACUGGCUGCUAGUACUGUACAGAUUGUUUUAAUUUCUUUGGGUCUUCUUUCCAAGAUCACUGUUGGUAGCAGAUAGACUGUUAUACAUUUACAUAUGAAAAUAGUAUGUUUAGUGGCCUUAAGGCUUAUAUUCAAAAGUAAUCUUAAGCCACAACUAUGUCCUUGAACACAACACCAGGUAAUUCAAAUCAGAAAUAAGUUACAUUUAGUAAGUCAUGCACUCUGUUUCAUUACAUUAGUCACAUGGGACUAGAUGCAAGUCAUUCUUAGCACCUAUUCAGCACUUCACAUUCCAAGGCAUCAUACACCUAGUUACUGAAGUCUCCAGAUGAAUAUUAAUCUUUCUCCUUUGCUGAAGGGGAAACUAUUAGGAAAAGUUUCAGAGUAACAGCCGUGUUAGUCUGUAUUCGCAAAAAGAAAAGGAGUACUUGUGGCACCUUAGAGACUAACCAAUUUAUUUGAGCAUAAGCUUUCGUGAGCUACAGCUCACUUCAUCGGAUGCAUACAGCGGAAACUGCAGAAGACAUAUACACACAGACCAUGAAACAAUACCUCCUCCCACCCCACUCUCCUGC